CACGUGUACCAACCGCAAGUCGGCAUCAAGAAAAUAACAUAUAGAAACGUUACCAUAUAUCUGACAGUGAUAACAAGUCGAAUAUUUGAUCGCCCUUGCACAGAGCAGAGCAAAUCGACUGAGCAAGAAAGUAGACGAUGGCGAUGGCAGAGAUAAAGCAGAUGCUGUACAACGCCGCCGUGCGUCUCGCCUUGGCUUCACUGGACCGAAAUUUGUUGCCGGACGCCGUCAUCAGAAUCUUCACUCGCCUCUUACUCGCCGCUCGUCUUCGCUCCGGUUACAAGCCUUCCUCCCAACUCCAACUCUCCGAUUUGCUCCGAUUUCUUCAUUCUUUGAGGGAAAUGCCCAUAGCUAUUGAGACUGAUCAGCCAAAAGCCCAGCAUUACGAACUACCGACCUCCUUCUUCGAGUUGGUUUUGGGAAAGAAUCUCAAGUACAGUUGUUGCUAUUUCAAUGACAAGUCAAGUUCCUUGGAGGACGCUGAGGAGGCAAUGCUACAAAUGUACUGUGAAAGGUCACAACUGAAGGAUGGUCACACUGUUCUUGAUGUUGGAUGUGGCUGGGGCUCGCUCUCAUUGUACAUUGCCCAGAACUAUAAGAAUUGCAGGGUAACCGGAAUUUGCAAUUCAACCACGCAGAAAGAUUACAUUGAGGAGCAGUGCUGGGAUCUAGAAUUGCAUAAUGUCAACAUUGUAGUGGCAGAUAUCAACACCUUUGAAAUGGAAGCUGAAUAUGACAGAAUAUUUUCCAUUGGAAUGUUUGAGCAUAUGAAGAACUACAAGAAUCUUCUAAACAAGAUAUCGGGAUGGAUGAAACAAGAUAGUCUCCUCUUUGUUCAUUAUUUUUGCCAUAAAGUUUUUGCCUAUCACUUUGAGGGCAUAAAUGAGGAUAAUUGGAUUACUAGAUACUUCUUCGCAUAUGGUACAAUGCCUUCUGCAAAUCUACUUCUCUAUUUCCAGGAUGAUGUGUCAAUUAUCAACCAUUGGCUUUUGAAUGGCAAACACUAUGCUAAGACAAGCGAAGAGUGGCUGAAAAGAAUGGACAAGAAUAUAGGUUCAAUAAAACCAAUAAUGGAAACUACUUAUGGGAAGGAUUCAGCUUUAAAGUGGACUGUUUACUGGAGAACAUUCUUUAUUGCAGUAGCUGAAUUAUUUGGCUACAAUGAUGGGGAAGAAUGGAUGGCCAGCGAUUUCCUUUUCAAGAAAAAAAUGAAGUAAUAAGCAAAGUUCCGUCCAAUCAACAAUGCAGCAUAGCAAUGGGUUUAAGGUGCAGAAUUGAACAAAAAUCCAUCAAAAAACAAUGAACCCACUACUAUAAAUGGAACACAUAAAUCUGAAUACCAUAAAUGAUUAUUUAUAGGUAAAAAGGAGA